AUGAAUAUUGGUUCUAUAAAAGAAAAAAAUCCAAGAGGGAUUCCUCAAGCUCCAUUUGUUGAAAAAGUUGAAGAUUAUAUUAAAGAUGCAGCAGAUUUUGAAAAAAUAUUAGCUAUAUUUCAAGAAAGAUUACAACAAUAUAAAUAUAUGGAACAAAGUAAAUUGAAUGCUGUUCAACAAUAUAAAACCAAGAUACCCGAAAUUAAAGAUACUUUAACAAUGGUUGAAUUUUUAAAUACUAAAAAAGAUUCAGAUGAAUCAAUUGAAACAAAUUAUGAAUUAAAUGAUACUUUAUAUACUCUUGCAGAAAUAAAACCAACUGAUAAAGUUCUUCUAUGGCUUGGUGCAGAUGUUAUGUUAGAAUAUCCAAUUGAUGAAGCAAUUGAAUUAUUGAAUGAAAAAUUAUCAAUUGCAACAAAAAAUUUACAAAUUAGUGAAGAAGAUGCAGAAUUCCUAAGAGAAAAUAUUACUACAAUGGAAGUUAAUACUGCAAGAUUAUAUAAUUGGGAUGUUGAAAGAAGAAGAAACAUAAGAUUAGCAGAACAAGGAACUAAAAACUUGAAAAUAUAG